AUGCUGCAUCAGGCUUGCCUCUUGCCCAGGGCGCCUGCCUGGCCUGCCACUCCCUCCCUUGACAAUGCUCGGGGCCUCGGUCCGGGGCACCUCUUCGUCCUCCCUCCUCGCCUGCCUCCGCCUUCUGCUACCCCCGUUCUGCGGAACCUGCCUCCCCCGGGCGGGCCCAGGUGCAGCGUGGAGGCCCAGGAGGCCGGCCCUCGCGGGGCCGCAGGCCGAGGCGGCUGUGGCGGCGGGGGCUGCGACCGCUACGAGCCGCUGCCGCCCGCGCUGCCGGCCGCCGGCGAGCAGGACUGCUGCGGGGAGCGCGUGGUCAUCAACAUCUCCGGGCUGCGCUUCGAGACGCAGCUCAAGACCCUCUGCCAAUUCCCGGAGACGCUGCUGGGCGACCCCAAGCGGCGCAUGAGGUACUUCGACCCGCUCCGCAACGAGUACUUCUUCGACCGCAACCGGCCCAGCUUCGACGCCAUCCUCUACUACUAUCAGUCUGGGGGCCGCAUCCGCCGGCCCGUCAACGUGCCCAUCGACAUCUUCUCCGAGGAGAUCCGCUUCUACCAGCUGGGCGAGGAGGCCAUGGAGAAAUUCCGCGAGGACGAGGGCUUCCUGCGGGAGGAGGAGCGGCCCCUGCCCAGCCGCGACUUCCAGCGCCAGGUGUGGCUGCUCUUCGAGUACCCGGAGAGCUCCGGGCCGGCCCGGGGCAUCGCCAUCGUGUCCGUGCUCGUCAUCCUUAUCUCUAUAGUCAUCUUCUGCCUGGAGACGCUGCCCGAGUUCCGCGACGAGAAGGACUACCCCGCCUCACCGUCGCAGGAUGUGCUCGAGGCGGCCAGCAACAGCACGUCGGGGGCCCCCGCGGGAACCUCCAGCUUCUCGGAUCCCUUCUUCGUGGUGGAGACCCUGUGCAUCAUUUGGUUCUCCUUUGAGCUGCUGGUGCGCUUCUUCGCUUGCCCCAGCAAAGCCACCUUCUCGCGAAAUAUCAUGAACCUGAUAGACAUCGUGGCCAUCAUCCCUUAUUUCAUCACUCUGGGCACCGAGCUGGCAGAGCGACAGGGCAAUGGACAGCAGGCCAUGUCCCUGGCCAUCCUGAGGGUCAUCCGCUUGGUGAGGGUCUUCCGCAUCUUCAAGCUCUCCCGCCACUCCAAGGGGCUGCAGAUCCUCGGGCAAACGCUGAAGGCGUCCAUGCGGGAGUUGGGGCUGCUUAUCUUUUUCCUCUUUAUUGGGGUCAUCCUUUUCUCCAGCGCGGUCUACUUUGCCGAGGCAGACGACCCCACUUCAGGUUUUAGCAGUAUCCCGGAUGCCUUCUGGUGGGCAGUGGUAACCAUGACAACAGUAGGUUAUGGUGACAUGCAUCCAGUGACCAUAGGGGGCAAGAUUGUGGGAUCUCUCUGUGCCAUCGCCGGUGUCUUGACCAUUGCGUUGCCAGUUCCUGUGAUUGUUUCCAACUUCAAUUAUUUCUACCACCGGGAGACAGAGGGGGAAGAGCAAGCCCAAUACAUGCACGUGGGAAGUUGCCAGCACCUCUCCUCUUCAGCCGAGGAGCUCCGAAAGGCAAGGAGUAACUCGACUCUGAGUAAGUCGGAGUAUAUGGUGAUCGAAGAGGGGGGUAUGAACCAUAGCUCUUUCCCCCAGACCCCUUUCAAAACGGGCAAUUCCACUGCCACCUGCACCACAAACAACAAUCCCAACUCCUGUGUCAACAUUAAAAAGAUAUUCACCGAUGUUUAAUAUAUGAUACAGCUGACAUACUGUUUUCAGUAUUGUGUGGAACGUGCCCCCUUGGUCUGUGUCUGCCCUUGUUUUAUACAUUUCCAGACCAUUCAUCAAGGACAGGACAUGAAGAAGUGGGACGCACACUUCAUUCUCCCUAUCCUUACUGCUUCAUACUGAAACAGGUGCCUGUUUUUGCAAGUGGGCUGCAUUCUCUCAGCUCUCCUUCUUUUCCCCUCCUCAUUUCUCUCCAUAUUGGGAACAAGAAACAUGUUAAACUUGAUUUCUGGUACACGCCCUAUAAAAAACAGUACAUCCUGAGAGGAAAUGAAACUAAAGAACAGUUAGAGUAACUGCUUAGCCUCAAAAUUAAAAGGCAGUCGUUUCUUUACUAAGUAAAGUAGGCAAGUACUUAAACAAUGCUUCCAUUUCAUGGACCCUUCAACAUUACUUAUUGACUAUCUAGUUCAAUUGCCUACCCUGUGGAUACAUGGAUGAAAAGUCUAACUAGAACAAUGACAUGUAAACUCGCCAUAAGUUUAUUUGGUUUUUCACUGUAGUUUCUAUUUGAAUCCCCUUCUCGGAAUUUUAAGAGUCUCUACAACUUUGAACAAAGGGAAAUGCCCAAGAAGUCCUGAUUUGACUAGUUUAACUCUUUGAGGUUUGCUAAGCAUUUCAAAAGUGUUAAACUAACAGAUUCCUGUGAAGUUCUAUGUAUCUGUUCCAGCCAACAUUUAUCAAAGUCUAGAAACAGCUGUUUUUAGUGCUGUUGAAAGAAACAAAAUUUCCUAUUGUGUCUGAAAGAUAAGCGUCUGCAGUAUCACAAGAGGAUUAAAGUGGCAGACACCCCUUCCAGCGGAAGUUACUAAUUCGGACCUGACUGAUGCAGUUCCCAUAGCAACCCAUGUUUCCUGGGAAACCCGAAAAAGGUUGUCAUGGCAUCUCUUGCUCUCUAGCCCCACCCCCCAUCCCCUGCCGUUUCCACAGUAACCUUUCCAGAUGGUUCUUAACUUACAUGAUUUCAUAAGGAAAACCACUGUUUGAAUAAACCGCACAUCUAAGGAGGUGAAAUGAAUCACGAGAUGCAUUUUUUUUAUUACAAAAAUCAUUGAUGUCAUCCCAUAAUGACUGAAUCAAGGAGGAAAAUAUCAUCUUUGGAAUGUUAGAUAUAAACCACAGUAAGGCAUGAUCUUAUUUAAAUAUCACUUAUUAGGCAAUAAUUUUAAAAGAUGCUUCUCUACAGUUUUCUUUCUCCAAGAAGUUUCAAACAAACAAACGAAAUUAAAAAGCAAAUGUAUUAAGUGCUCUGUACAUAAGCAAAUGAGAGAUUCAAUCAGUGUACCUGAAACCUUACUACAAGGGACCUUCAGACUUCCUCUUUUUAAAAAAAAAAAAAAUCCAGAUCUCACAACAGCACUGUCACUAUCACAGCACUUGAACAGCUAAAUAAACUUCAAAUAUUUAAAGGAUGCACAUUUUUAACUGAUAGAAAUGCAGACCAUCAGUAAAAAGGAGGGACAGGAAAUAACCACAUCUUGAGGAAACACCUGCAAGUUUCAGUCAUAUGCCAAGAGUUGCCAGAAGAAAGACAGAAUCAGCAGUCCAAGUCCUUCCCACCUCUCAGCUGUGAAUAGAAGUGAUAACCCUCCCACUAAGAAAUGCAAAGAAGCACACGUGUCCCCCAAUCUUGAAGACUUAUGGAAACACUGUGAGUUAGAGAUCUCUGAAGAGCCCCACAUAAAGAACCAUAGACCUGCAUUGACCAGUAGGAUGCUCAGUUUUAAAUUGCCUAGAUCAAGAAUGCAGUGGCAGUUAUGUCACUGUCUGCCAGCAUAUAUUUUUGUUUCAGUUGACAUUAAAUAAUAUGUUUCUAACAAGUGCUUUAUAAAAAGAAAACAGGUCUGAAGCUGGAGGAUUCUCUUCACGAUGUGUGCAGUAUAAAAGAUAUUGAUCAAAAGAUAAAGAGGAAUGUUAAAAAUAUAAAGGUAUCUUUUCGACCCUUUGGCAUUUUGAUGACACCUAAUUAUCCGAAAACCAUAAGCAGUGCUGUGGAUAAAGAAAGCCUAAAUAUUUGUUUCUAACAAGCUAACUAUUACUGUUUUCUUUUUUCAAUUAAUUACUCAACUGUGUUUAAUCAUAAGAUAUUUUCAUGUUAUAUUUUGUGUUCUGGUUUAUGUACAACUUUAUUUGUGAAGGUGUGUUUUGUACCAAAGGCUCUCAUACAUAGGUUAGCUCAUCUACACAUAAAUAAGUGAAGUCUACACUGUGCCCAGAUGAAUAGUAUUAAAGACAGACUUGCCUAAAAGAAAUGUGCCUUGCUUGAUUAAACAUUCUUUUAUUUUUUAACUCAGAAUGAUAGAUUUGCAAAUCAGUCUUAUAGAUAGAUUUUAGCUGAGCUUAACUUUACAAAAAUAUAUUGGUAUUUAUAUGUUUAAGUUAUGUAUCUUAACUAAAAUUUUAACAUUUAGUUAUGCUUUCCAACAGUUCAUAUUAAUAUAUUUAUUUAAUUUCAUUUACAUGAGAUGUUUGGUAUGGUGAGACAAAGCACAUUCUUAAAGAUAUCUAUAAUAUUUCAUCUAAUAUUUAUACCUUUUUCUUCAAAAUUAUGUAUGUAAUAAGUUCUUGACUCAUUUUCUAUUUUUAUAUUCUUUUAAAAAUGGAACUCUUUUUCAAUUAAAAGGGAAAAAAAAGCAAAGUUUUAGUUGGAAAAGAGAUUUAGGAGGUUAUAAAGAUGGUUUCCCAUUUGGGGACAUUUCACUUUUGUGCCAUUAUUAAUGUAUUUACUGUGACAUUUCAGCAGAAUGGUAGCUACUGGUAUAUUAUUUCAUAAGCCUUAUAGAAAGUCAAACUGUGAACAUGUAGUAUAUAGAAGACUUUUUUCAUUUCCAUAUUUUAUUUUCAUAAUAUACCUGAAUAAAUGCAUUAAUAACCAAUCUCCUUUUAUUCAAAUGCAUAUUAAUGCUAAGUUAUAAUAAGAGCAUUUGUAGAAUUUCAAUUACUAUAAAAAUAUUACCAUAGCAAAGCCAAGAUUAUAAACUUUUUGAUGCCCUAUAGAAGAAAAUACAAGUGAUGAAUUUCAUUUUAGUAUGUAAGAAUCAGUAACUAAAACAGUCUUAAACAACUAGCAGCAAAACAGAUGAACAGGAGAUACAAUCCAGGUAACUUUCUUUGAGGCAUGUCAGCAAUGAAUUUUUCAUAAUCUGAUGGUAAUUUCUUAGUGAUCAAAACUUUGAUACCAGAUCACUAUAGGAAAAAGUGAAAUAAAGGAAUGACAAGUAUCUCAGGUUUGAGCUAUGUGCACCUCCAAUCUAGAUGAUCUAUGAUUAAAGUGAAAAAACAGCCACCACCUUGUUUUUGUUCUGUGUUAGCCCAUGUAGUAGAGAUAUUGGCCCAGAAAAUAGUUAGUUCAUUACAGCUAACUUAAUUCUCAUAACUGAUGAUCACAGCCUAGUCAGCAGUAACGUAAUCCACAUUAGCUACUGGGAUGAUUGAAACAAACCAAUCAACUGUGCUACAGGAGGUCUUAGACAUUCAGAUGUUUUAGUAAGGAUCAGUAGGUGUUACAAAAAUAAACACAAAACUACCUUCAUCAAACACCAGUGAUACAACUUCAAGCUUUAAAGUAUAUUUAAUAUCAUAUCUGCUUUAUUAUUAUAGCUCACAAUUUCAAAUAAAGACAAAACCUGGACUUUUGUGAUAAAAGCACAAGAUGGUAACAGAUGAGUAAACUGUUACACCAAAUAUGUUUCACAGAAUGGGUAGUAAAAAUAGUACUGGUCUCGAUAACAGGAGACUAGAAUUCUUACCCACUUUCUACCUGUGGGACCCUAGAUAAGUCAGUUACCAUUGCUAGGCUUCAGUUUCUUGAAUUGCAAAAUCGGUGUACCGGGUUCAAUAUUCUCCAAAGCCCUUUCCAGCGCCCAAAUUCUCAUUAUACACAUGUGAAAAAAUACAUUGAAGAAUACUUACAUACUAAGAUUUUCUAGUGCAUUUCUGAAGGAAAAAAUAAAUUGAAAUACAAUUGAGGCAUUGAAAAUAUAAAUAUAUCAUUCUUCAAAUUGAUUAAGAGGAAAUAAGAUUCUUUCUCCUCUAAGAAUUUUCACUGAUCUAUAAUGGGAUCAUGAAAAAGUAGAAAAAUCACUGUGCAGAAUGGAAACAGAUAAAUGAAAUAGCUAGAAAGGAGGGGAGGAUCUUUGUUAAAUUUAAUUAGGUGUUACAGUGAUAUGAAAGUCGUAUGUGAAGCACUAAAACAGCACAAGAGCUUUAUUGCAUGCUCAACGUAAUAAGCCUGAGAGUAGGGAAAGGUGGAAAAGGUUGGAGCAAUAGGAGUGUUUGCCUUAUGAUCUUUGGAUUCUUCUUACACAAGAAGCGGUGUGGUAAGAGCUUAAGCAGGUGUCUGUGCUGUAGUGCUGUCUCUGCCAAUAACUCUCGUGCGCCCUGGGAAAGUCCCUUCAACUUCUCCGGGCCCCAGUUUCUUUAUCUGUAGUGAACACUUUUAAAAUUUAGUGAUCUCUUUGUUUCUUUUCAUCUUCAAAACUUCUAUAACAUUUUCAGAUUGUUAUAAUAUAUGCAUACAUGUACAUGUUGCUCCCCUUCAGUCACUAAGUGACUGGACAGAUUGCAAAUCCAUACAUUCAUAUUUCUAAUAUUGCUAAUUGAUGUCAGCAAGACAUAAAAAAGUUAAAUCUUACUUUUCAUUUUGAACAUGGCUUAAUUAUUAUGACUUAUCGUUUCAUCUUUGAAUGCUUAGUUACCUAAACAGAAUGUCUGUUCAAGUUAAUCUCUUUAAAUUUUUGUAGAAACACUUUGCAAUCAGAGUCAAAUAUAUAAUGCUUACCAAUGAACUGUAGCUGUUUGUAAGGUGCAUUUUUGUCACAUUGAAAAGUUAAUGCCCUUUUGGUCCCAGAAGCAAUGACUAUAAUUUAAAAUAAUAUUCACAAGAUUUUCUGAAUUUUUUAAUACAAAUGAGGCCUGAUAGAGCCAUAUUGUAAUUAAUUUUGCUCAGGAGUGAGAAACAAAAUUCAGGGAUAACCCAAACACUUCUGUUUGGCAUUAGUGGACAGUUGGGAAAAGAAGGAGUAUAGCUUUUGUACAACUUUUGUACAAUAAAUAAGAGGUGACUCUACGCAUUGAAAAACAGGAGUAUAUUCUGGUUGCUGAUUUUAUGGUAGAGAUUAUAUUAGAAGGAUGCUCAAAUUUGGACACUAGAGAAAUUGUUAAAAUAAUAGCAGUUCAUUUGAAUAAUACGGAAAUAUUUUGUCAUAUGAGACUAUUUGUUCAGAAGUUUAGUCUUAUAUCCCUUCCAUUCAGAAAAGGGGGAAGUUUUCAAAGGCCUCUAUCAUAAUAGGAAAUGUAUAUUUUGACUAGUGAAGCAAUUAAUUAAAACAUUUAAACUCAUAGUUUUGAUUUUAUGAAUCUGAAUGUUCACUUUAGGUAUAAUUGAGUCUCUUAUGUAUUAGUGUUAGUGAUCUUUGUGAGAAGUGAUUUCAUUCAUUUUUUAAGUUGAUGAAAAUUUGCUAAGUGGUGAUUCUAGCAUAUUGUAUUAAUACUGCAUCUUAAAACAGUUUGUGAACUGACCAUACUAAACAAACCAUAGUAUUAUCUCUUCCAGUAAAUUGCCUCUAUGGUUUGAUCUCUUAAUUCGGGGUUUGGGGAUGGGAGAGGUUAAGUAUUUAGUUUACUUAAAACUGUCAAAGUGUUUUUCUUAAAUGCCAUAAAAUUGUAUGACUAUAAACCAAAUAAUAUCCUCCUUUUUUUCUUUGAAAGGCACUGUAUAGACCAUUUUUGGAAUUACCCCAUAAAAUGGUAUAAUUUAUAUUAAAAAGCUCCUACAUAUGUGUGUAUGUGUGUACAUAUGUGUAUAUACAUACAAGGGAAGGCAAACAGUGUAUGUAGUGUUUGUAUGUAAUAUGCCAAAUGUUAUAAGAA